AUGGUUUUCAAGCGCAAAACCUCGAGCGCGAUGAGCCCGAGCGAAGCCGCUGCAACUCCCUCGAAGAGAAUUCGAACUGCUAAUGCAGAAACUCCAGGAUCUGCUGGUGCGGCUUCUGCAUCCGCGACAACCCCCCAAACGGGCGAAAAGAGGGGCCGUGGUCGUCCUCGCAAGAAUCCUGAAGAUUUGGCUCCCAAGCCGGUUUACGAUGGUCCCAAGCGUGGUCGUGGUCGCCCCCGUAAACCCGUUUCUGAGACCGAGGUGGAAGCUGCAACCCCGUCUAGUGCUAAGAAGGGACGCGGUCGUCCCCGCAAGAACUCUGGCGAACCCGCAACCGCGACCCCCCAGGAAAAGAAGAAGGAUGGUCGUGGACGUCCACGCAAAGAUGCAGGAGGAGCUAAGCCCACAACCCCUGUGACCAAGAAGAAGGAUGGCCGAGGAAGACCCCGCAAGACUCCUCUGGCAAACGGAAAAGCCGAGCCAGAGGCAGCAUCGGAGUCGGAUUCGCCGACGCCUCCAACGGCUGCACCUCCUGCUGUCAACAUUGACACCGACCGUUCGUUUUGGUUGAUGAAAGCGGAGCCUGAGUCGCGCAUGAAGAAGGGCAAGGACGUAAAGUUCUCAAUUGAUGACUUGGCCGCUGCCGACAAACCGGAGCCCUGGGAUGGUGUGCGCAACCACGUUGCCAAAAAUCUCAUGCGGGACAUGAAGAAAGGAGACUACGCCUUCUUCUACCACUCCAACUGCAAAGUUCCCGGCAUCGUUGGAGUGAUGGAGAUUGUCCAGGAGCACUCUGUUGACGAAUCCGCCUUCGACCCCGAGCACCCAUACUUCGACGCUAAGUCCGAGCGAUCCGAUCCCCGAUGGGUUGUCGUGCAUGUGGAAUACCGUCGCAAACUUGAGAAACAGGUUACUCUUGAAGACCUGAAGACCCAUAGCAAGGCUGGAGAGCCGCUGGAGAGCCUUCAGAUGAUCAAACAGGGCCGGCUUAGCGUGUCAUCCGUGACCCCUGCACAAUGGCAAUACAUCCUUGGGCUGGCAGGCGAGAAGCCGCAGGAGGAGUUCACCAAGCUGGAGUCUAGUGACCAAGAAGUUGAUCAAGAAGGUGACCAGGAUGGUGACCAGGAUGAUGAUCAGGAUGAUGAUCAGGAUGAUGAACAGGAUGGUGACCAGGAUGAUGAACAGGAUGGGGAUAGCCAUGGCGACCAAGAUGGUGAUCAGGAUGGCGAUCAGGAUGCCGACAAGGUGGAGCUCCCCCUGGAGUCUACUAAUCAGGAGUGA